AUGUGCAAGGGCCGUAAGGGUCUAAUUAUGCAUCAACGUUCGUGCAAAAUGUACAAAUCGCUUCGACUACCACAAAACUUAACGGAUAACAACAGAGCAUCGCCAGAGGAAUCAACUUCAACUCCAAACCACGGCGCAUCUUCGUCAUCGACGUCAGCGCAAGCGGUUGUAGCAACGGAAUCAGCUUUCUCUAGCGUCAAAUUACCAAAAACGCCAGCCCAAUGGUCAGAAGCCAACACUUUUUUCCAGCUACAACGCAAACAUCUACCAAGUCUCAACAACAUCAACGAAUUCACAAUCAAAUUUCAAAAAAUGAUGUACUAUUAUUUUGCUCAAAAUUAUGUCACGAUAAAUACUCAUACCGACCAGAAUAAUAUCACAAACAAAAGCAUCAAAGAGCUAAAAAAUAAAUUGAAACAUCUAAAAGUACUUGGCAACAACAAUCACUACUUUGACAAUCAAAUCACCAACACAAAUGAUGGUUCCAACUUGGAGUUACUUUCUCCACAGCAACAAUCACUUGUCCCACCUUCAAUAACACCGAAUACUGACAAGAGGGCAAAUCUACCCAAUGUCAACAACAUCGACAACUUCACCAACAGUCUUCAAUCACUAAUAUACGACUACUUCGCUUCAAACUAUGGCACGUUGGAAACAAAAACAAUUUCAUUUGUUGAUCAGAACAAGCCAAUCAACAAACUAAAGAAGGAGCUGAAACAACUCAAAGUCCUGGGCCAAAACAAUCACAACUACGACUUGCAAAUCAAAGCGCUUAGUAAAGAAAUAGGAUCAAGGCUAUCGGCCUUGAAAGCGCAAAAAAAAUAUAGGAAGAACUCAGAUAUUACCAAUCAAUUGCAACAAAAAUUCUGGCCUACUUGUAAAAAGCUGUUUAACCCAUGA